AGCGACAGCGGCGUGAGAGGGACGAGGGAGACCCCGCGUGGAAGCCCGGCCUGAUUGCAGCAGGUCCCCCGAAGGAACGAGAGGCGCUGUGCGGCGAAGUCGACCGUGCAUGGUGGCGUCGAGCCAUCCGACCGUUUGCCAGUUUGCUCGGGUUUAGCCAACAGGACAUCUUUUCACUGGAGCCACUAAAGAAAAUGCAAGAAAACAGUGUUCUCAUUGAGCUUCUUGACGGAAGAGAAGAGCUGAUGACUUUGUAGUUAAUAACUUUGCAGUUCAAGACACCCUUCAGGCAGAAGAGGACAAUAGAAUCUGGCCCAAAAUGAAUUACAGCACAUCCACUGUCAACACUUUGUAUCGCAGUGGCACAGCCACCUCUGAGCCCAACCGGGCGACAUCUGUCAAUGGGACUGGGUCAGAAACUGCUACGAUGACUCCUGAGACCAGCAGCUUUAAUGGCACCAAAAUCCCAGAUGUUGCCAGCAACAGUCCUGGCAUGGGGACCAUGUUACUGUCCUUUGGCAUCAUCACUGUGAUUGGGCUAGCUGUUGCUAUGGUUUUGUACAUCAGGAAGCGGAAACGACUAGAGAAGCUGCGGCACCAGCUCAUGCCCAUGUACAACUUUGAUCCUGCUGAAGAACAGGAUGAACUGGAACAGGAGCUCUUGGAGCAUGGCCGAGAUGCUGCUUCUUUGCAGGCAUCUCAGAACAAGACAAACCAAGGGGUGCUCCAGAGACCCAGUCGCCUUGUGUUCACAGAUGUGGCAAAUGCCAUCAAUGCAUGAACUGUGCUUCCUGUACUGGGCACACGGGAGAUGACGGCAGCUGAUCAGCAACAUACCAUGGAUGGUGUCCAUUGACUUCAGCAGGGGAGAUGAUGGUGGGAAGCAACGUAUGCCAGGAGUGUGAAGACUGCUGGUGCUUUGGUUGUCGGUCAAAAACCCCACAAGACUACACUCCAAGUUGGAUUGGUAAUACUGAUAACAAGCUGCGUGUGUUGAAAGAUCCGAGGCUUCUUGUAGAUAGGUUAAUCAGGGAAGGUUAGUGGUGGGAACCAGAACAUCCAUUUCCAAGGCCUUCCUCCAUUGGUUUGUUGUCGUCAGAGUAUCCUAACUUCAAAGUCUUGCAGGUUAACCCAAGCCACCCCAUGCAAUAGACUGAAAAAAUGACAACCAUUGUCAAUGCUGCGGUAGUCAUUUCCUGGAGCUGGGAGUCUGGGCAGCUGUGUCUACCAUGUUGUCAUAGCAUAUGAUUGUCCCAGGACACCUGUCUGUGCAGCUGGUUGUCCCAACUCAUGUCUGUGCGCUAGCAACUUUCUUCAAGUGGGAUCCCAAGGGUCAGAGGUUCCCUUGUGGAUUUCCAUUAGAUUUCUUCAAUGGUAGAUUUUCUGCCAGCUAGCAUUAGAGAAAGGACACGUUUGGGAGAUGGUGCUGCAGGUGGUGUGAACCACAUGACUUCUAGCACUGGGGUGGAAGUGUCCAAACACAUUUCAUGUGUCCAAAAUGCACCCCCUUCUGAGCACUUAUUGAUAUUACUGGGGGUAUAAAAGUCUUCUGAGUAAGAGCAGCAAUAUUAACUCAUAGAUCCUGAGACAAUUUAGCUCAUCUUGCUUCAGCCAAAGACCAUGUACCUUGGCUGAAAAGCAGUCCCCUUUUGAAGAACAUUGUGUAGACAUGUGUGCUGUUCUGUAUGUUACCAGUCAGAAGCUGGUUCUUCUCCAUACAGCGUGGAUUUAAAGUCUGAUCUAAUUUGUCUGCUCUCCAGGAUCUGCGUUCAAGGUUUUUGUUUCUGUUUUUUUUUUCUUGACCUCCCAAAAUAAGCAAGAGUGUUACAAGCAAAGGAAGAUAUACAGUCUAAUGUUACGCUUCAAGUACUCUUUUUGACCUUGGUGUUGGGGAUGAUCUCAUGCUCCAUGCUAAAGAAAUUCCGAUUCUUUUGUGACAACAUAAAACCAAAUUUAUUUAAAUAAGUUAUUCAAAAUAGGCUAUGUCCCAUAAAUUGAAAUUGUGCACUUUAGUUUUCUGUCCCACUCUGGGGGCUGUUUGUUUGUUUAGAUGAUUUAGGUUCUGCUUUUUCAUUAAAAUACAGCACCCAAGGAAUGGAUGUGACCAAACUUGGGGUUGUUUUGGUCCAGUUCUUUUGCGCAUGAGCCCAGUUCAAAUUCAUAUAACAUAAAACAACAGUAAUGCAGAUGGAGGGGAGCUCCUGAGCAAUGGUUUUCCAUAUGUUUUCUAUGCUUUUCUUAUAGCUUAACUGACAGAUUUCAGAAAUAUUCUGUUUUUGCUUCCCAUUUAUAAAAAGCAUAAGCUUGUCCAUUUUUCUCUUUCCUAGUGAUGGCUUACAUACUCAGGGAUAUGCAGUGACAGUCAGCUUCUGCAUUUGUUCAUGAUUCCUAGGGUGAUUGUCACUUUGCCUACAUCUAAUCCCCCUCCUUGGCUAUUUAUUAUUAUAUAUGUAUUUAUUAGAUUUCUGUAUUGUUUUUCCAUUUUGCUGUUCAAGAAGGAAAAUAAAAUCUUCAUUACACAAUAUAGCUACAAGAAAGCCAUUAACCCUCCCCCCCCACACACACACAUAACAGUAUGACACACUAAAAUUCACACAGGAAAAUGAUUUUUGAUGGGAAAUAUUGAGAACUGGUUUUAGCCUCCUUGGCUGUUGGUGCUUGGUGUCACCCUAUUAGUUCAUCAUGGUGUGCAAAAGGAAAUGCGGAACCACAGAUACGGUGGUAGAAAUCUCUCUUGUUAACCAUGAUCACUGUGAAAAUCAAAGUUGUAUCUCUUCUGCCUUGUCCUCCAUCAAAAUGCCCAUGCCUAUUUCCUGCACCUUCAUUGAAAGCGUAGGAAAUGUUAAACCUCCUUUCUCCCUCAAAUACCCCGCACAACACCUGGUGCUUUGGAGCCUGCCACCCCAUUGCCAACCUGCUUGCAUAGGGACCAGGAGGCUGGGGAAGUAUGGGACCCGUAGUCCAACACAUCCAGAUGGAACCAGGUUGGGGAAAGCUGGUAUAUAAGCAGAGCUGGAUAGAGGAGGCAGAGAAGGCAUGCUGUUCGGGCAGCUGUCAGAAGAAAGCACUGACGACAUGCAGUAAAGAAUUGGUGCUGAGGGGCAUGACAGGUUUGGGCUUCAAAAAUUAGAAUGAGAAGCUGUCUGAAUCACGAUGAGCCACGGUAAGUGUCGAUGUUUAUCGGCAUGUGCACGCCUCAGUGCAGGUUCAGAGCCCAAGGCCUGUCCAUCAGGACAGAGGCAGGUUCAGCCUGAGCAAAGCUGGGCUUUCAUGCCAAGAUGCACUGACUGUGUGUCCACAUCUCUCUCCCCCCGGAUAAAAGGUUUGUUUCACAUACAGUAGUAGCUUUGCAUAAGGGGAAGGCUGGGCGCCACCUGAGACUGAAUCUCUGAUAUUAUGCAGAUGAGUUCGUGAUGUGAUGUAUGCCGUGCAUGCAUCUGUGUAUCUGUGCUAUCGCUAUACAAUCAUCCUUUUUUUAAAUGCAUGCAGUCUGUUAGUCAAAAAUGGGGUCUUGUCUAGUUCCCUAAAACUGUUGUGUAGAAGUGGAUUUCACAUGUUACUGGCUAUGUGAAUAUACGGUGUGUGAUUCCAUGGAUUGGAACUUCUCAGCCCGUUUAACCCCCUCCCACACUUACAUACCUUCCUCCCACAGGAAUGCAUUGACACAAGCAUUGGCUCCACAGUUUCCGCCUUUGGGACUAAUUAACGCCCCCUCAAAUAAUUCCAAAGGUGUAGCUGCAUCCACAGUUCAGAGUUGAUGGCAACUCAACUUUUCUUCCAGCUCAAAUCAACAAGGCUGCUGGUAUUGCUGGUGUAGGGCAGGAAUGGCGUACGGGCCGCUUCAGAUGCCCUUGGACUACAACUCCCAUCAAUCCUGAUGGUGGACUUUCCUGACUGGGGCUGAUGGGAGCUGAAGUCCAAAAAGACCUAGAGGGUCAUGCAGCUUCCUCACCCCUGCUAUAGAGGCUGCUGGUGAUUGGGUGAUGUUUCUAAGAAACAGUGGUCCUGAUUCUAGGCUGCGUUGAAAUAGCUUUGCUCUGUUGGCAGCCAUUCGGCAUGCUCACAGCAGACCUGGCAAGUCUGUUCACAUCAGAUCUUUUGGAGGGCGACCAUUUCGCCACUGCUGGCCUCUGCCACUGGACUGUUGGAGAGUUCCCCGGCAGGCCACAACUGUGCUGAUUUUCCAGAUGCUCUGUGUUUUGAAGGGCUGCUGUUGCUCAACAGCGCUGGAUUCCUUUCCCCUCUUCUCUCUUUUUCUCAGAGACUGCAUUCAUCCUUUAAGCAAUCCCAUCACUGAAGCAAAAAAUUAAAAACAAAAAGUGACUGGCAAAUGGAAUGUGUUUCCUAAAGGCAACAAUUUCCUCCAAGAAGUGCCUCCUUGCAAUUCUCAGGCACUGGAAAGCAUUGAGGCGGAGUGAUUUAACGUACUGCAUUCUUGGUACAAAUGUGCACUUUAGUCCUGGGCCGUUGCUAGAAGAGAUCCAGCUUGGCACCCUCCCUCCUUCCAUAUGCAUCAGACUAUGAUCCCUUUCACCCCCAGUCACCACACCAAACGAGGUGGCUGGGAAUGAUGGGAUUGGUAGUCAGCACACCUGGAGGGUGCCAUACUUUGUUGGGAUGACUGGUCAUAGGAAGAUGGGUCAUUACUUGUACCCUUUAACUUGGCAAGCUCCGUUCUUUGUUGGAACCUCUCCGAUCACGUUGGGCUGAGCACUUGACUGAGAGACUGGUGCUGGCAUUUUCUAGGCUUGUAUGGCAGAAUCCUUCUAAUGCAGUCAGUCCUUUCUUACCUGGCACUUGGAAGUAUCUGCAUAUGGUAGGAUAACUGUUACAAUAUGUUCC